CUCCAUCAACGCGACGUGCAAUUGCCGAAAAAUUGAUGUGCUAAACAUCAUAAAACUACUAAAUGCACCCACUUGUGUGCUACACAAUCAUCGGACUGUACUAAAAACUCCUCAGACAGACCGGUGGAAAGUUCGACUACAUCGAUUUAUGGGAAAAGUGUGGAAGUAAUUACUGAUUCAUAGAAGAUACAAUAAAAAUGUACAUUGUUGGAACCUGUAACUGAAAACAAUUGUUCAUUUCCACAAAUGUUCAGCCGAGUAUCUUUCAAAACGAAUUCUAUAAAUGAAGAUGAUGAAGACACAGAUCCAAAGCUGCUGAAGAAAAAUGUCUCGAUAAAGGAAAAUACGCCGUUUACCAGAGACUACAAGAUUGGCGAAUAUCUUGGCAGCGGAAAAUUCGGAGAAGUCAAACGGUGCGAAGAAAUCCGAACCGGAAGUGCAUUUGCGGCAAAGUUUGUACCGAUUGCCCAUAAAGAUGACUGGGAAAGUGUUCAAAACGAAGUGGCGAUUAUGAACAAACUGCGGCAUCCACGCCUUAUACAGCUGUAUGACGCCUAUGCAGUUAAAUCCGAGGUUGUGUUGGUUCUAGAAUUAAUAACCGGCGGUGAACUUUUCGAGCGCAUAAUUGACGAAGAUUUUGAUCUUAACGAGACUCGGUGUAUACGAUUCAUGAACGAAAUCCUCCAGGGCGUGGAAUAUAUUCACAAUCAGGGAGUCUUACAUUUGGACUUAAAGCCAGAAAAUAUUUUGUGUCUUUCCAAGACAAGUUUCAAAAUCAAAAUCAUUGAUUUCGGCCUUGCUCGAUUUUACGGUGAAUCAGAUGUUCGCGUCUUGUUCGGAACACCAGAAUUCGUCUCACCAGAAGUAAUCUCUUAUGAACCGGUAACUCCAGCAGCGGACAUGUGGUCUGUCGGUGUGAUUUGUUAUGUCAUGUUGUCUGGAUUAUCGCCAUUUAUGGGUGACAGCCAAGGGGAGACACUGGCAAACAUUAUACGAGUGAAGUAUGACUUCGAUUAUCAAGAAUUCGAAGAAAUUUCGGAAGGAGCUCGGGAUUUUAUACGGAUGCUGCUCAUUAAAGAUCCACGAAAGCGGAUGACGGCCUCCGAGUGCCUUCAGCACUCGUGGAUUAAGCGGAAAAAACAGCUGAAACGGAAGGGAACAGUGAGCAAAAAGAGACUAAAACAUUUUGUUUACCGGAGAAAAUGGCAGGUUAGCGCUUCUGAAACACCAUCAAUCUUUUACCUGCAGCGGAAAAAACAGCUGAAACGGAAGGGAACAGUGAGCAAAAAGAGACUAAAACAUUUUGUUUACCGGAGAAAAUGGCAGAAGGCGGUUAACGCCAUCAUUGCGCUAAUACGUAUGGGAGUAGUACUUCAACAUCCACAAUCCGAAUGGCAAGAAUCUAACCAACCCUCCACUGCCGGAAACAAACCGGCAACAAGUCAGAAACCAACCCCUCCACUGUCGACGAGCUCGCUGUCAAAAACAACUCCGUCAAGACCUGUCGAGGCCGCAGAAUGCAGCAAACGCCCCAAGAUUGACAAUAAACCUGCGGCAGACACGAAACAAAAAGAUAGGAGGAUGUCUUUCAAGGCUAUGAACAACGCAAUUUUCGGCAAAUUUGCUUCGAAACGCAGUUCGCCAGAACAACUUUCCCCGGAGACCCCACGACCCAGUAUUAGUACUGGUCCUCGACCAUCACUUUUGAGUCGGUUUACUAAGCGCGAUGACUCGAAUCACGUAGGGGGCAGCGGUUCACCAAAACCGAAACGUAAAGAUUCCCUUUCUAAACAGAAGCACAAGUCUGACAGAAAACUUUCGCGGGAGGAGAAGAAUCUAGAUCAGGCGCACUCAUCAAGCAAACAGCAGUCCAAAGUAAAGGCGAGUAACAUUACCUCCGCGGAAGUAACAAAGGAUUCCAAACCAGCACCUGGAUGGUCUCAUAUGGAUUCAACAAUUAGGCGGGAUAUUCCAAAACAACAUCCCGACAAAACAGGGAGUAAAAACGAAGACACAUCUACCACGCAGCCUAAAACAACGCAGCCGUUAAAACCGAUAGAAUGUAAAAAUGACACUCAUUCAACUACGCCCAAUGACAAGACCGGAAACCAAAAAAGCUUGCCGUCUUCCACAUCCAACCAGCCCGCCACACCUAUCAAAACACAGAAGAAUUUGAAACCAGUAGCACCUCGUCCAGCGUCCAAAAAAGUAGCUCCGUCAACUGGUGGUAUUGCUGCUAAGAUCGGUUUUUUUAACAACAUUAUUAAGGACCCUUCUUCAUAA